CUUCCACCCCUUCCACCUCUUCCACCCCUUCCACCUCUUCCACCCUUCCACCACUCUUCCAAGUGAGAUGUAGAUCACAGGCAAACUACUACACGCACAGUCUUGGAUGCGAACAGACAUAUCGCCGUCCUCUGCCACAGUCAUCUCAUCUCUUCUCGCUCCUCGCUCCUCGCCCCUCGCCCCUCGCCCCUCGCCCCUCACCCACAACCUAAACCGCAGCCAUGCUCCGAUCAAUGGCUAUCCGAACGAAGACGACUUCGCACUGUAUCCCAGAGGAGCCAUCCGUCGACAACACCUCCCCGAGGUCCGCAGUCCCAUCCCUCACCUCCAACUCCUCGGCCGACGAAGAGGAGAUCCCGAAAGAGCCACGCCGGCGCAGAGCAUCCACCGUCCUUAUCUCGCAGAAUGCCGACGAUGCGAGAAGGAUAAUCGGCGAGAGCGGUACAAGGCUCAUCGAGACAUGCUGCGGGGGCGGAUGCUGCAUGUUGGCACCCGAGGCCGAGUCACAGUCAUUCGAAUAUGUUCCUCUGCCCGACAACGACGCAUUCCGGGCUCUUAAGUUGAACCUGGGCCAGCUACCGAAGAAUCUCACUGUCAUCCACGAGCUGCCCCCAACGACAGUCUCCCUCUCUCCCGUCAAAGAUAACAAGGCUCCCGCCAUCGUUGGCGCAGACCCUGACGAGAAGCCAUUCAACCCAGCCGUCGACCAGUCGAUCGAUUUUACCCCGCACACAGCCAAAAUCGACGAAAAGUUACAACACACCCGCACACCGACUUCCAGCGAACACCCACCCAAGUUCGUGAAACCACAUCCUCCCUACGAGGUCUUCUCCGCAAAGAUCUUCAACACAAGGGAGCUCACAAGAGCCGGCGCCCAAAAGCGGACCUUCCACUUCGACCUCGACGUCUCCGACUACCCCGCCGAGACAGGCGUAGACUUCAAAGUCGGCGGCGCAAUCGGCGUCCAAGCCCCCAACGAAGACGAAAUUGUCGAAGAGAUAAUGGACCUCCUCUCCAUCCCCCGCGUCGCCCGCGACCGCAAAGUCCUCGUCACGACCACCAGCGGCCGCUGGCCCACCAUCUGGGGCGAAGACAAGCCCCGCUCCCUCGUCUCCACCCGCCGCGACCUCCUCACCUGGUGCGCAGACAUCCAAUCGUACCCCCCCAACAAAUCCCUCCUCCGCGUCCUCGCCGAACACACCACCGCCCCGAACGAGCAAAAGAUCCUGAACUACCUCUGCUCCGCUGAAGGCCAGGGCAAGUUCUGCGACCUCCGCACCGGCCCGCACCUUACCCUCGCGCACCUUUUGCACGCUUUUCCCUCCGCAAAACCCCCGCUAGACCACCUCCUGUCUGUCCUCAAACAGCUAAUGCCACGCUUCUACUCCCUCUCCAACGACCCGCACGAGAACUGCGUGCCGGUCAAGGGAUGCUCGCGCCUCAUCGAGAUCGCCGUCACAGUCCACGAGACCGAGUCCUGGCGCGGCGACCGCACGGGCCUGAGCUCGGGAUUCUUCGAGCGCCAGGCACGCAAAUUCCUCGCUGCUGAAGCCCGCGGCGAGAAGCCCGACCUCCGCAUCCCCAUGUUCAAGGGUCUAAUGAGUAACCCCCUCGCGCGCGAAUUCAUCUCCGACGGCCCUAUGCUCCUGAUCGGUGCCGGCGUCGGCGUCGCCCCCUUCCGGGGCUUCGUCCAGCGCCGUCUCAAGAGCGCAAACUGCGCGAACAAAGUCUGGGUCCUGCAGGGCGUGCGGGACUCGCUGCUCGACGAGCUGUAUAGCGGGGAGUGGGGCGUGCAUGAGGAUGAGGUGAAGAAGGUUGUGCAGUCUCGGACGGGGGUGGGGAGGUACGUGCAGGAGGAGGUGGUGGCGCAGAAGGAUUUGUGUUGGUUUGUGAUUAAUGCGCUUGAUGGAAGGAUUUUUGUGUGUGGAUCUAGUAAGGGGAUGGGGGAGGGGGUGGAGUCGAGUCUGGUGCAGGUGGGAAUGGAGAUGGGGAAUUUGAGUCGGGCCGAGUCGGAGGAGUUUUGGAGGUUGAAGAAGGAGGCGGGGCAGUAUAUUGCGGAGACGUGGUGAAGAAGAGGUGGGAGUGGAUUGAGCGAGAUCUAGGGGGGUGGGAUUUUUGGGAACGCGUUAUGUAUGAUGGGAGGGCGGAUUUUUGAGCAACUUGGGAAGCUUACGGCGUUUUUGGGGGCGAUGGCAUUCGCAUUGGCAGUGUAGCUAGGUUGGUUCUGUCUUUGUACUGUACAAUUAAAUAGCACGCGCGCAUAACUUUAUAGAUAAACUUAGAGCCUCAAUAGCAUAGACAACAAUGAAUGGAGA